AUGUCGAAAUUCACAGUCGAGUCAUGGAUAUGGUAUUCUGUUGCGAUAUGCGUGGUGCUCGCACGAUAUGCCUCUCGAAUCUGGCACUUUCGCUCGGUGCGCAAGCUUAAAGUGGAAGACUGGUUCAUGGGCUUCAUUGUCGGACUCUAUACCGUGCUGAUCGCAUUUCUCAAUGUUGACCACGACGUAUCGACGAAUCUUAUCAAUCCCGCAUUUCCAAUCGACCUCACCCCACAAGAGAUUCGGACCAGGACCUGGGGGAGCAAGACAGUCCUUUUGGUUGAGCAAUGCAUGUGCGCUGUGCAGUGGGGUGGCAAGGGGUGUCUGUUGAUUCUUUACUGGCGGCUGACGCAGAAUCUCCGCCAGCAUCUCUGGGUCAAGCUUGCCGCUACAUACUGCAUAGUGACCUACUGCGUCAUGUUCAUCCUUUACUUCGGCGUCUGGUGCCGCCCAUUCCACGACUAUUGGGAAGUGCCGACCGAUAACACACAGUGUACAACGGCACUGCACCAUCUGAUCACGAACUUGUGCUUCAAUCUCACCUCAGAUCUCUUGAUCAUCGCCAUUCCACUGCCUAUGCUCCUGCGGCAGAAGCUGGAAUUCAAGAAGAAGAUUCUGAUGGUAUUUCCGUUCUCCCUGGGCUUCUUCAGCAUGGCUUGCGCGAUUGCCUCGAAGGUUUCAAGCUUCAAGGAUCCAUACAGCGUGGAAUGGGUCUAUUGGUACUGCAGAGAAGCAAGCACGAUUAUCAUCGUAACGAACAUGCCGUAUGCAUGGGGCUUGAUUCGAAAGGUCUUCAAGCUCAGGUCCUUCUUCCACGAUUCGGACAUGGACAGAACGACGCAGUCCGGCAAUAUGCAGCAUCUCGACGGACAAAGUGUUCCGCGCAGCGAAGCAGUACGCACUACCUACAAUUCCCAUAGAUCCAGCUGGCCGUUCUCGCGAGGAGGCUUCGUGUCAAGCAAGAAGCGACACAGCGCGCAGCGCGAGUCUAACGUUCCAGUCGGGGCGGACUUUGGGCCGGCUAGCACCACAGACCGGGAAAUGAAAAAGGAAACACUGGAUCCAUCAAGCAGCGACAACAGUUUCGCAGGAUCUCUUCGCAAGCCCGGCAGACCCGCUAACGCCGUAGAUGCAGUCGAUCGACUUUACGACUUGGACGCUAUCGAAGACGAGGAGUUUUUGCACCGCGAUGAACACACUCCUCAGAGAGGAUAUGAUGGCUGA